AUGGCUACUUUACAUCGUCUCACUCUUCUCCUCUUCUUUCACUUGGCCAUUUCUCUCAGCUUCACUUCUUUCGCGUCGACUCAAGUCUCUCCAACAUCCAUCGCUUCCGACCAGAUGAAAUUUUGGUCGGAAAAUGUGCACAACCAAAUGCCAGAAUCUAUCUUCAAAAAGCUAUCCCCAUUAACAAAAUGGGAUCGUGAUUAUUACACAAAAAUGAUAUCUGAAAACGACUUCUCAGAAAAUCAUGACUUUUGCUCCCUUGCUAAACUCUCUUGUUCAUCCGAAUUCGACGAUUUCAAAAGAGUCAAACAAGUAUAUACUACGACCAAAGUGUACGGUAACAAUGUUGCUAUACCUUUUCAAUCCAAUAAGGUAGACAAAUUUUCUUACUUCAGGCUCUCAAUUCUUAAAGAAGGAAAUAAACUCCAUCUCUCAGAUUUAGUAGAAAAAAUUCCAAAUCGAGCAUUUCUCCCUGUUGAAAUAUCAUCAAGAAUAUCCAUCAGCAGAAAAAACAUCAGAAAAAUAUUUCCCAAGUCUUUUGAACUGUCAAAAAAUUCCAUCGAAACAACACUUUCUUAUUGUAAUGCAGAAGCUAUACAGGGAGAAAUCAAGACUUGCCCAAAAUCCCUUGAAGAAAUGAUUAAUUUCUCAAAGUUUUCCUUAGGCAAAAACAAAUUACUCGCACUGGCUUCACACAGCACAAGAGCAGGUGAUUUCCUGAUAAAAAAGAUCAAGAAAUUUGAUAGGCAGAAAAUAGUUGCCUGCCAUGAAGUUUAUCUUCCUUUCGCAGCCUAUUUCUGCCAUUCAAUCUCUUCGUCUCAAAUCUAUGCCGUAGACUUGGUUGAAGCCAAAACUCGACUCCCAGCUAAAAAUGUGAUCGCGAUAUGCCACAUGGAUACCUCGGCAUGGCCUGAUAAUCAUGUAGCUUUUAAGAUUCUGAAAUUCUCACCUGGAGAAGGCGAGGCAUGUCACUGGAUGUCAAACAUUGAUCUUGCAUGGAUUACGGAUGAUUAG